GAUUAUAUGCCAAUUAGUAUAAAUAUUGAUGAGAUCAAAAAUAAUUUGUAUAAUGCAAUAAACCACUAUUGGCCCAAUUUAAUAUCACCAAGUUCACUUUUACCUAGUUUUCUAGAUCCCAGGUAUAAAAAUCUAUGUUUUGUCUCAUUUGCUAAACAAUUUGCUAUUGAAAAUUUACUUCAUGAGAAUUUUAAAAAACAUACACCAAUUACAGUUGAGGAGAUUUCUGAAUAUUUAAAGCUUGAAGAAAUUGAUAUUGAGUGUGAUCCUUUU